AUGGUUUUACAAAACACAGGGAAAUAUCGUGCUGACAGAGGAGAUUUCAAUAGAAACGAUGCAGGAUCUUCUUCAGGACCUAGAGAGGAAUCUUCGGAGUCCCGUAUUCGCGUGGCUUUGGAUAAUGAUAGGAUUGAUUCCAAAUAUGGUUUUGAUAGAGUUCGAGAUGUCAAAGAAAGGACUGGUUAUUUGUUAAACAUGCAUACCGCUGAAAUAUUAGACGAGGACAAAAGGCUAGUGGCUGCAAUGGACUACUACUUCAUAGAGAUGGAUGGCACUAGGUUCAAAGUCUCCAUGACUUUCCAGCCUUAUUUCCUCAUCCUGGCCCGGAAAGAAUGUGAACAAGAAGUGAUACAUUUCCUGUCUAAAAGAUUUGCGGGCACAAUACACAAGAUUAAUGUCAUUGAAAAAGAAGAUUUGGAUUUGCUUAACCACCUAUCAGGCUUACAGCAGCGCUAUAUAAAACUUUCAUUCAUAUCUCAAACAGAAAUGAUGAAGGUAAGAAAAGAGAUUUUAACUGCAGUAAAUAAAAAUAAGGAGAGAGAGAAAAAAGAUCAAAUAUACACUGAACUGUUAACUAACGCUUUGACUAGUGCAGCUGCUGUGGAGCAUGCUAAGAAGACUACUGAUCAUAUGGAGAAUAUUCUAGAUAUCAGAGAACAUGAUGUGCCAUACCAUGUUAGAGUAUCUACUGACAUGCAAAUUUUCUGUGGUACCUGGUACACCAUAAAAAGUAGAGGAACAGAGACACCAAUAUUCACAAAAAGAGAUGACAUCAUUGAGAGACCUGAUCCUAUAGUGUUGGCAUUUGAUAUUGAGACAACAAAACUGCCCCUUAAGUUUCCAGAUUCACAGACUGACCAGAUUAUGAUGAUCUCUUACAUGAUCGAUGGUCAGGGGUACCUGAUCACAAAUCGUGAGAUUAUAUCAAUGGAUGUUGAAGAUUUUGAAUACACCCCAAAGCCAGAGUUUGAAGGGCAAUUCAUAGUGUUCAAUGAAGAAAAUGAGCUUGCACUUCUACAUAAAUUCUUUGAUCAUAUAAUGGACGUUAAACCACAUAUUUUUGUCACAUAUAACGGUGACUUCUUUGAUUGGCCGUUCGUUGAGGCACGCGCAGCGAUUCUUGGGCUAGACAUGAAGCAAGAAAUAGGAUUCAGUAGAAUAACGGCCAGGGACGGUACUUAUGCUUGUAGACCUGCUAUGCAUAUGGACUGCUUAUGUUGGGUAAAGAGAGAUUCAUAUCUACCAGUUGGUUCCCAAGGUUUGAAAGCAGUAGCAAAAGCAAAAUUGAGAUAUGAUCCGGUUGAGUUGGACCCUGAGGAAAUGUGCAGGAUGGCGGCUGAACAGCCUCAGGUGCUAUCAAACUACUCUGUAUCAGACGCGGUGGCGACAUAUUACUUGUACAUGAAGUAUGUGCACCCAUUCAUAUUCGCCUUGUGUACCAUCAUCCCCUUGGAACCAGACGAGGUUCUCCGUAAAGGUUCAGGCACACUAUGUGAAUCGUUACUAAUGGUGCAAGCGUUCCACGCGAACAUCGUGUUCCCCAACAAACAAGUAGAAGAGCUCAAUAAACUUACCAGUGAUGGACACGUGUUGGAGACAGAGACAUACGUCGGUGGACACGUCGAAGCGUUGGAAUCAGGCGUCUUUAGAGCAGAUAUAAAAUGCAAAUUCAAAAUAGUACCAUCGGCCAUAGACAAAUUAAUGGAAACAACUGAGAAAACUAUGAAACAUGCCAUAGAAGUGGAGGAAGGCAUUCCGUUAGAUUUGGUGACGAAUUUCGAUGAUGUGUGUGCAGAGAUUAAAGCGAAGCUACAACACAUGAAAGAUCACCCGAGAAGAGACGAGAACCCAUUGAUAUAUCAUCUUGAUGUUGGUGCUAUGUAUCCUAAUAUUAUUUUAACCAAUAGACUGCAACCAUCCGCGAUGGUAAACGCCAGUGUGUGCGCGGUCUGUGAUUAUAACCGACCCGGCGCCACUUGCCAAAGGCAUAUGGAGUGGAUGUGGAGGGGAGAAUAUUUACCUGCAACUAGAAGUGAAUACCAGCGCAUCCAGCAGCAACUGGAAACAGAAAAAUUUCCACCGCUACACCCUGGUGGUCCAAAUAGAGCUUUUCACGCCUUGCCAAAAGAAGAUCAGGCGGCAUACGAAAAGAAGCGUCUAGCAGACUACUGCAAGGUCGCUUACAAAAAGACGAAGGUGACUAGAACUGAAGUGAGGACUACAACAAUUUGUCAGAAAGAAAACUCUUUUUACGUCGACACCGUCAGAGCGUUCAGGGAUCGUCGCUACGAGUACAAAGCUCUGAACAAACAAGCAAAAGCAAAGGUAUCAGAAGCUAUAGCCAGCGGAGAUGCGGCCGAAAUCAAAUCUGCUAAAAGUCGAGAAGUUUUAUACGAUUCCCUACAACUUGCUCACAAGUGUAUCCUUAAUUCUUUUUACGGAUACGUUAUGAGGAGGGGAGCGCGUUGGCACAGCAUGGAAAUGGCUGGUAUUGUUUGUUACACCGGCGCUAACAUCAUUAUGAAGGCGCGAGAGAUCAUCGAACAAGUCGGCAGGCCCCUUGAGCUCGACACUGAUGGAAUCUGGUGUAUACUGCCUUCUUCGUUUCCUGAAAACUUCACCGUGCACACAACCCACGCUAAGAAAAAGAAAAUCAAUGUUUCAUUCCCAAAUGCAGUGCUCAAUGCCAUGGUUAAAGAUCAUUUUACAAAUGACCAGUACUUCGAACUAACCGACCCCGAAAAUAAAAAAUACGAACAACGCGCCGAGAACUCUAUAUUCUUUGAAGUGGACGGUCCAUAUUUAGCCAUGGUCCUGCCGGCGUCCAAGGAAGAAGGCAAGCGGCUGAAGAAACGAUACGCCGUCUUCAAUUUCGAUGGCUCACUAGCCGAAUUGAAAGGUUUUGAAGUGAAACGCCGAGGCGAAUUGCAGCUCAUCAAAAUCUUCCAGUCUUCAGUGUUUGAAGCCUUCCUCAAAGGCAACGAUUUAAAGUCAUGCUAUGACGCAGUCGCUAAAGUGGCAGACUAUUGGCUCGACGUUCUCUACUCCAAGGGCAGUAACAUGCCAGACUCCGAGCUAUUUGAACUAAUCUCCGAGAAUCGUUCCAUGUCUAAAAAGUUAGAAGACUAUGGUGGUCAGAAGUCCACAUCAAUUUCUACUGCUAAACGAUUGGCUGAAUUUCUGGGUGACCAGAUGGUGAAGGAUGCUGGUUUAGCCUGCAGGUUUAUAAUAUCGAAGAAGCCGGAAGGUGCUCCAGUGACGGAACGUGCGAUCCCUCUCGCUAUAUUCCAAUCACCGGCCUCCGUUAAACGUCACCACUUACGUCGGUGGCUUAAAGACAACAGUAUUACUGAAGAUAUCGAUAUUAGGGAUGUACUCGACUGGGGCUAUUAUAUCGAACGAUUGAGUGGGGCUAUACAGAAGAUCAUCACUAUUCCAGCUGCUAUGCAGGGGCUAGACAACCCAGUACCUCGAUGUCAGUACCCAGACUGGCUUCACAAGAAGAUGCUAGCCAAGACAGAUAAGUUUAAAACAAGGAAGAUCACAGACAUGUUCAGCGUACAGCCAAAAGAGAUUAAAAGCGCCGACGAUCAGGACGAGGAACCAUCUACUAGUUGUGAUGGUACUAAGGUCACCGAAAUAGAUAUAGAAGACAUAGGUAACACAAGUACGGAUAAAGACAUUACAAUCCGUCCGAUCGUCCACACGGUCAAGAGGAAACGGGAGGAGUCUCCGCCGAAGGCACAGACGUGGAAAGAAGCCCUGGGGUCGCCACCACCUUUUGGUACUACCAAGGCGGAAAGAAAGCAAUGGAUACUGUUUCAAAAGAAGAAAUGGCUUUGGCAAAUGGAGCAACGUGGUCUUCGCAAUCGAAAUAAACGAGGUAAAAUCGAUAAUGAGGUACAGGUGCCGCUUGCCGCCGCUGGUCCUGCUACAACUCUUGGUGGAUUUAUCAGACGAGCCCAACGCACACUGCUUAAUACUCCGUGGCAGAUUAUACAGAUUGCGGAAACGGCAGAGCCGGGCUCGUUCAAGGUGUGGGCCCUGGUGGGGUCGGAGCUGCACCAGGUGCGUCUGUCGGUGGCGCGCACGUUCUACGUGAACCAGCGCGUGGCGCGCGCGGCCGACUGUGGCGCGCUGUGGCGCAGGUGCAGCCGCCUGCUGCCGCGCGCGCAGCCCGCGCUGCACCUCUACCAGUACACCGUGCCGGAGAACGUCUACAGGGAGCACCAGGAACAACUAAUGGCUGAACUAUGUGCUCCAGAAAUCGAGGGAAUAUACGAAACUCAGAUGAGUUUAGAAUUCAGAGCUCUAGUGCAGCUUGGUUGCAUAUGUAUUGUCGAUCCACAAGAAGCAAGGAAACAAAUACAAUUUGGUUCCAAUAAUUUGGAUUCGUUUUCUCUUAAUCAGCUACAGUUUAAAAGUGUGGCACAUCAACCUUAUUUACAAAAACAGGACGGUGUUCCCCCAGUGAAGCACAUAUACAUCUACCAACACUCCACACCCAACUCGAGUCGGAGCAUGUGGGCGCUAGUUCUGCCGCCAGUCAAACGGGCUUAUUUAUACGUAUUAGACACCGUUAAAACUAAUCAAGUGCCUAAUAUGAACACUCUGUAUCAGGCCGAGAGAACCGCCAAGAUCAACCUGGGCACGGAGGAGAGCAGCCUGCCGGGCGCGGAGCUGUCGUGGGAGGUGGCGCUGGAGACGGACGUGCGGGGCGUGGCGCGGCGCCUGCAGCGCGCGCUGCAGCGCUACCGCGACGAGCGCUGCGGGCCCACGCUGCUGGCGCUGCAGGCCGCGCUCACGCCGCACGCCGCGCUGCACCACAUGCCGCUGAUAUCGGAGUUCCCCAUAGUCCGGCUGCACGUUCGUGAUGUGGAGACACUGUAUAACUCCCUGGACUGGCAGCGAGUGGGAGCGAGGGCCAUAGUUCGCCACUACCUUGGACUGGACGCUAUACUACAACUUACCGUGGAACAGUGCAGAUAUUUCCACGUUCCAUUAGGCAACAUGCCUGCGGACCCAACACUGUUCGGUGCGGACCUGUUCUACGCGCGACACCUCAUCAAGCACAACUUCGUACUGUGGUGCUCCAACACCGACCGACCGGACUUGGGCGGAAGGGAGAACGACGAUAACAGAUUAGUGAGUGAAGUAGAGGAGCUGUCGGGCUGCACGCACAACAGCAGCGGCGCGUACGGCAGCGUGUGCGUGGAGCUGGAGGCGGACGCGCUGGGCGUGUGCGCGCUGCUGCAGGCGCAGCACAUCCUGCAGCUCGAGGGCACCUCCGUCUCCACCUCCUUCGGCGCGCAGCACCACAACAUACAAGACGUGCUCUCCAACACCGGUGCGAACGCAUCUCUAAGCUACGACGAAACAACGCAGUGCAGCGCAGCGUUCAAAAUUCUACGGACAAUGGUUGCAUCUUGGCUCCGUGACGUGACACAAUACAAAAAUGUAUUCGCCGACUUUCAGAUAUCACACUUUUAUAGAUGGCUUAAAACCUCGUCAUCACUGCUGUACGAUCCAGCCCUACGUAGAACUCUGUACAAUUUAAUGAAGAAAUUGUUCCUGAUGUUGGUGGCAGAGUUCAAACGUCUAGGCUCUCAAAUUGUGUUCGCAGACUUCAAUAGAAUACUUCUGUGUACUAAGAAACAUUCUGUAAUGGAUGGAAUCGGUUACGUGGAGUUCGUAGUGCAAAGUAUCAGAAACAAAGAGUUAUUCCAUGGUAUCGACAUUAGAUACAAGCAGUGUUGGUCCUAUCUGUUAUGGCUUGAUGAGGCCAACUACGCCGGAAUACAGGGCAAACUACCAGAAGGUUUGAACGAAGUCGGUUCAUCACAGUUGCCAACCGCUAGCGAAGAAAAUGGUAGCAAUGAGGAGGAUUCGAUCACCAUGCACUGGAACCUGUGCAACUUCCUGCCGGAGGUGGUGCGCGAGCCGUUCUGCGCGGCCGUGGGCGGCUACCUCAGCGCCGCCUGCGCACGCGCCGCGCAGCUGCCGGACAUCGUGCGCGGAGAGAUCUCGCAGAAACUUUUCCAGGUGACGGAAAAAAUCCAUACUCGGUACCCGGUACUGCGACCUUCGGACAUCGGCCCCCAGCCGGGGUUGAAGGCGGAUGCAUUUACCAGCGACGCGGCACCCGCUCUAUUGUACGUCAAUGCAGUCUGCAAAGUAUUCUCACUGGAUCCCUCUUUGGAAGAUGAGGUGACAUUACUCCGGCGCAAUCUCCUCCGCUUGAUCGGCGUGGGCGAGUUCAGCAACGCGGCGGAGUGGCGGGACGCGUGCAACACGUGCACCCUCACGGAGGUGAUCUGCAAGGUGUGCAACCACUGCCGCGACCUCGACCUGUGCCGCGACACGCACCGCGCCACGCACCACCAAGAACCAGUCUGUCUAUGCCCAACAUGCGGCACGCCUUAUGAAAACCAAGAGUUGGAGUGGCGACUAGUGGAGAUCAUGAACCGUCGCACCAUGGCGUUCAUGUUACAGGACCUUAUAUGUACCCGCUGUCACGAGGUGAAACGUGAUAACAUGACAAUGGUAUGCGAAUGCGCAGGCGCUUUUGCACUCAUGGUGUCUACCAAGGAGAUCCAAGCUCAGCUAACUACUUUCAAAACAAUAGCCGAAUAUUACAAAAUGCCACUACUCCUCGAACUAAUAGGCUUCCAUCUCGGCAAUAUGUGA